AUGCAGUUCAUGCAGUCUCUGGCCACGCUGUCCAUAGCGAUCACGGUGGGUGUGAUGGUAAUUUGCUCGUCCUUCUCCCCAGUUUUGACAAUACGCACAAUGGGCCACAAGUCUGCAAUAGCAGUGGGCCUCGUGAUCAUCACAGUAUAUUGUGGUGCUCAGUUCCACCCUCUGUACUACACUGCCGUGCCUGCCGCUAUCCUCAUGGGUGUACAGGGGGCUACCCUCUGGACCGCGGUGUCUUCCUUUCUCGUGCGGACAGGGGGGAAAUUUGCGGAGUUGAAUUCCGACGACCGCGAGGUCUGCAUCACGCGCUUCUUUGGCUUGCUGUACACGAUGGUCCGGCUGAACCUCGCCAUUAGCUACUUGGUUCUCAGCGAGGGUUUCCCGCUGAACGGCACGACGGUACUAGUAAACGGCACCACCGUUCUAGUUAACGGUACCACCUUGCUGGUGAACGGUACCACUGUGCAAGUGAACGGCACUCAUCUUAGCCGCUGUGGCUUCCACUUUUGUGCAUACAAUUCUACGAUGCCGGUGCACUCGGGAGCGGCUUUCUCCAGCGCCUGGAUUAUCCUCACUGGAGUAGCGUUUGUGCUGUCAAUCCUGGCCGCCUUCUUGGUCGCUCACUACGUCACCAGGCUAUUUGACCUGGUCGGGGACUGGAAGGGAGAUGGCGGUGACCCGCCAAGCGUGGGCCAAGUGUUGCUGGAGCCGCUGCGGCAGUGCGCCGCCCCCCUCAUGCUGCUGCUGCUGCCCCUGACACUCUGGUCCGGGGCUCAGGUCGCAUUCAUCAUUCACGUGUACUCGCAGGGCUUUGUGUCGUGCGGCUUGGGCCAGCCAAUGAUUGGCUACGUUAUUCUGACGUUUGCCAGCGCCAGCGCCUUGUGCUCUUCGCUGUCUGGGUUUUUGGUCCAGCGUCUAGGCAGAAGAUCCAUGUUCCUGAGCGCAGGCUUCGUCAACUUGUCCAUGAUUUUGUUGAUGCUCAACUGGGAGCCUCAGGCAGACCACUUCCCGUUGUACUUCAUCGUGGCUGGAAUAUGGGGAGUGUCGGACGCGGUGUGGCAUACGCAGCUCAGUGCCCUGUAUGGCGUGGUGCAAGUAGCAAGUCCUGAAGCCGCAUUCAGCGUCUUCGUGCUCUGGCAUUCCCUGGGCUACCUCUCCGUCUUCCUCACUCACUCGCUGCUCUGCGUCGACGCUUCCGUCUACAUUCUGCUCAUGCUCCUGUUCUCUGGUGUCAUCGGCUACCUCUGUGUCGAAAUUGUCGAGUCGCGGAGAUUCGGAAACAACGACCCGUCCAAAUUGCAAGCUAUAGAGUGAUGUUUGUAUCAAGAUAGAUCAUUGUGUGACGAUAGCAAGGCCUUGAAGCUCACAGAUGCGUUAUGAUUAGGAAGGAAUUGGAGGCAGCGAUGUUGCAACAAUGGAGCCACCAAACUAUAGGCCGCCGAUUUUAUUUUGAAACUUCCACCAAACUUCUAUUUUAUUUCAUUUGAAAUAAAUUAGAAGUAUUGUGAGUCGACUCAAGUGCAUUCAAACCACUAGUAAUGUUUUGAUUAUUGAGGAAUUAAAGGCAUUGUUCCGCCCAAAUAAGAAAGGCCUCUUAUGUAGACUUUAAAUAGGUUAUACAUAUCUGCAUAAUUAUCUUUAAUGUAUCAAUUUAUUUUAGCGUGUGAAAGUAUUAUUUCAUUAUUAUGAAAGUAUUCCGGCGUAAUAUAAGAAAGGCCUCUUAUGUAGACUUGAAAUAGAUUAUACAAAUCUGCAUAAUUAUCUUUAAUGUACUAAUUUAAUUUAGCGUGUGAAAGUAUUAUUAGCUAUAUACAGUCGCAAUAUUUUCAUAUAUUAAUAUAUUUUUAGUUUAGAUUACUUUAGUUGCUGUGUAAAAAUGCCAAUAAUACUGCUCUUCAAUGUACAUAUUUUUCAGCGCACAUUCGUUUGCAUUGGCGAAUUUAGGAGGCAAACUAUGCACACAUUUUCAUGCAUAUUAAGCAAAAGGAAGAUAUUCGCAUUUUAUGAAAUAAUAAUAUCAAAAUUAUUACAUAUUAUUAUUAGAAGUUGUUGACCUAAUGAGAGUUAUUCCAGUUAACAAAUUCAGGUUUAACGAAUUUUGCAUUAAAAUUUUAAACUCUUAAAAUAUUUUUCCGAUAUUCCUUUCGUCGUUUUACUUGUGCAUUACAUAUCAUUAAGUUUAAGAUAAUUUGUGUUAGACAUUUUGCGAGUUUUAUUUUGUAAUAAAAUAUAACUUUCCCUUGACCUUGGCAACACCGUUUGGAAGCUAACGUCGCGCACACAAUUUUCUCUUUAGUCAUUACCGUAGGCUGAUCCCUGCUGCAGGUUAGUUAAAACUCCAAUAGGUUCCUUUUUAUUAGCUGAUUAAUUGUUAUAUUGUAUUGAUAUUUCUUCAUUCAUCUUCAACGACGAUUAUUUCUUAGAUUUACUCUUCAACAGAUACGCACGUUGCCAAGGGUAUUAUUUUCACUAUUUUUCCAUAGCUUAAUAAUUAUUUUCAAAGCCCACCUUGUUGUCAAUUUACCCUGCAUUUAAAUCUCAGUUCCAGUUUUUCAUUUUCAAUCCUGUUGCCUUACAGUGUGGGUAAUGACUGGCUCUCACCCCACAGAUGAAGUGUUAUUAAAAAAGUUCACAUCCUUCUGGUUGAACUAAAUAAACAUUUUGAUUUCAAUUUCAAAAUUAAAUUUUGAUAUUUCUACAAUUUAUUGAAGACAAGACGAAUUUCAGGCAGACAUCAAGUGGGUAGCAAGAACGUGGUCAUGAAAGCAUGUGCGAAGUAUUUUUAAAAUAGAUUUCA